CCAGCCCAGAUUUUCUUGAAUCUUCGCCACACUCUGUUAAGGCCAAUGGCCGGCGCCUGCGUGAGGGGCAACUUGCCCAAUCACUCGGGUUGUAGGGGAAGGGCUGUCUCGUGACACCGUGGCCACACAUGCAACGACCCGGCCCAGAUCGCCUGGGUAAGUGCGGGCCCGCGGGAGCUGUGAAAGCGCGCGGGGACCGGCAGGGCGCGUGCGCAGCAGCCCCGGCACCCGAUUGGUUGCCAUGGGCCGGGGGGCGGAGUCCUGCGUGCCGCGCGUCCUCCUGCCGUAGCUUCCGCGUUGCAGCCCCAGCCCUGGAUUCCUAGCGGGAACCGGAGUCCCGGCGGUGGCCCGCUCGCGGCGGGGCCGGGACCUGAGCUAGGAGCCGGAGUCAGGUUAGAAGCCUGGCUGAGGCGGCUACGUCUCUGUGAGAUGGACGGGACGGAAGGCAAUGCUGGACAGCCCGGGCCCGCAGAGCGGUCCCAUCGAAGCAGUGUGUCCUCUGUGGGAGCCCGAGCAGCUGACGUGCUGAUAUACCUGGCGGAUGACACGGUUGUGCCCCUGGCUGUGGAGAACCUGCCCUCACUUAGUGUCCAUGAGCUGCACCGCGCAGUCCGUGAGGUCCUGCAGCUCCCAGAUAUCGCUCUGGAUGCCUUUGCACUUUGGCUUGUCUCUCCUCUGCUGGAGGUACAGCUGAAGCCCAAGCACCUGCCCUACAAGCUGGGCCGCCAGUGGCCAGAGCUGCUGCUGCGCUUCACCGACGCGCCAGAUGAUGAUGUGGCCAUGGAUGAGCCUUCCCUGCAGUUCCGAAGGAAUGUGUUCUUCCCAAAGCGGCGGGAGCUCCAGAUCGAGGAUGACGAGGUCCUGCGGCUACUCUACGAAGAGGCCAAGGGCAACGUGUUGGCCUCACGGUACCCCUGUGACGUGGAGGACUGUGAGGCGCUGGGUGCCCUCGUGUGCCGUGUGCAACUUGGGCCAUACCAGUCUGGCCAGCCUACGGCCUGCACUGUGAGGGAGAAGCUGGACUCCUUCCUCCCUGCACACCUCUGUAAACGGGGCCACAGGCUCUUUGCUGCCUUCCGAGGCCGUGGGGCCAAGGAUGGGCCAGGAGAACAGGGCCUGCUGAAUGCCUACCGCCAAGUAAAGGAAGUGGUUGGCGGCGAUAGUGGGCAUGAGGCCACCCUGGGCACACACUACCGUGCCUACCUCCUCAAGUGCCAUGAACUGCCCUUCUACGGGUGUGCCUUCUUCCACGGCGAGGUUGACAAGCCAGCCCAGGGCUUUUUGCACCGAGGUGGACGCAAGCCAGUGGCCGUGGCCAUCAGUCUGGAGGGCGUGCAUGUCAUCGACAACAGGGAGAAGCACGUCCUGCUAGGCCUGCGUUUCCAGGAGCUGUCAUGGGACCAUACCUCCCCUGAGGAGGAGGAGCCUGUCUUGUGGCUGGAAUUCGAUGGGGACAGCGAGGGCACACCUGUCAACAAGCUCCUCAGGAUCUACUCCAAGCAGGCUGAACUGAUGAGUAGCCUCAUUGAGUACUGCAUUGAGCUAAACCAGGCCACAGAGGCCACCGCUCACCAGGAGAGCAUAUCCGGGCCCCCCUCAGCUCCUACCUCCUCACCAUCCCUGACUCAGCGCCCCAAGCUGCGGAGGCAGGGCAGCGUGGUGUGCAGCCGUAUCCAGCAUCUCUCCACCAUCGACUACGUGGAAGAUGGCAAGGGGAUCAAGCGGGUGAAACCAAAGCGCACCACAUCCUUCUUCAGCCGGCAGCUCUCCAUGGGCCAGGGGAGCUACACUGUGGUGCAGCCCACCGACAGCCUGGAGCAGGGCUGAAGGCAGCAGAACCAGGCAGGAGGGCACAUGGGGGAGACCCUCAGCACUCAGAGUCUGCAGGUAUUUCAGAUCAUGGAGAAGGAACUUCUGUGGCUGGACCAUGCCUGGGUUGUGCAGAGCUGCCUGCCCCUCUCCUGAGGGUCCCUCCCUCACGGUCUCCUUUCCCCUAGACUCUGGGCCCAGCUGCUAUCUCAGAGACAUCUGGUCAGGCCCCAGCUGCCUUCUCCCACCCAGAGACUCACCUUUAUGCCCAUUUCAAAAUGGACAGUGUCCCCUGCUCUGAAAUUUUAUUGGCAGCUCUGAUGGCAGGUGGCUGAGGGUUAUAGCUUGGGACCCUCAGGCCCUGUGUGUGCCUUUGGCCUUUCCCCUAGACUUUGGUGACACCUCCCCACCUUCCUUCAGCUGGCAUUUAAUCACCAAUUCCAGGCUGAACAGCUGCUCUGAGGAGGGCAGGAGGGGGCCUCUCUGAGUUGAAUCAUGGUGGAAACAAAGUGAAGGUCCUCACCCUGGAUCUUCCUGGAGGGGACGGAGCCUAACAGGGUCCCGUAAGGUUGAGGUGGAGGGCCCUGUGCCACUUACUCCAGUCUCCCUUGCAGGCACGAAACACUCUGGCAAGAAGGAAGGUGCCUUUUUGUUAGCCUCGGUGAAGUCACUGUGCUGGGACGUGGCUGUCCUAUGAUAACAGGCCCACCAGACCCACACUCAAACUGCGAAAAGCUCCUCAAACCCCCUGGGUACUAUGCUGGGCCCAGGGCCUCUCAGCAGAUGAGUAAAACUUGCCCUUUCCUCCCAGUGUCCUGGGUCUUCGGGUUUUAGUUUUGGUCUUUGUUCAUCUGCUUUGGUUCUAUGAAGUCUGUGAACUUUUGGCAACUCGAGAAACCAGCCUCGUUAACCUCAGAGCUGCUGGCUCUCCUUCAGAGACAGCGCUGUGGUUUACCAGGGGGCCAGCCUGUGAAAGGCCCAGUAACACGGAACAGUGUCUUCUUUCUCAAGGAUGUUUGGAAAGGUGGCUUUGAUGUGGAUGCUUGGCUUCACUUUGCCCCAGCUUUGCCCACCUGAAGACAGUGGCACAGUCUCUCCCUGAUGAGCUGGGCUUCUUCCCAGGAGGGGGGCUUUGCCAGCCCCUGGGCCUCACACUGGUGGGUGUUUCCUGGGACUUCUGCAGAAGAGAGGCAGGCCCUGGUCAGGUGGGGCCUUUGUCUUCCCUUCCCAGCGGGGGCCUGUGGGAGAGGAAAUGCCAGCCUCUCAGCAGGUCUGAGAACCUGUUCACCUCCUCCAUCGGUAGCUGAAUACUCCGGUUUUGAGGUGAGCCAGUCUCCUAGCAGCAGCAGCUUUGUUAUUUGUCAUAAUAAAUAGAUGGGGAGGUGUCCCCAGCCUUUUGGAAUGUCCCAGGCAUGGGGUGGUGUCAGCUACCACAUCUGGACCUGUCCUGACCUUACUGAGCUGCCCAGUCCUUGCUGGCUCCAGCCAUCUUGUUAUCUCAGUCCCACUGACUGUUGUGAUUCUGGGGAAUUAUCUGAUGGGUGGACCAGGGUGCGCACACAUGUGCACGCCCAUACACAAACUACAUAUUUUUCCUCCUCUGCCUAUUCCUUAUAUUUUCUGAGCAUCCAUUGUGCCUUAACCUUUUCUGCCUGCCCUUUGGGACAAAGCAGUAUUUCACUAAAUGCCCUUUGACUGUUCUCAUUCUUUUGUAUCAUGUGACUUAAUAAUAAAAUCAGUUUCU